CGACUCUGCAAAUCUACCCUCCCAGGCUUUUCUUCAACUCCACGUCGGUCCACGGCAGGUCUACGGUCGCAUAACCCCGGGAAAUUGAGACGCGACCACGAUAAGUCGCACGUAAAGGACCGUUUUGUCUAAUUUUUAGGGCCCUUCCCUCAAUUUCGCAAUGGCCGACUUCCUUCUGUUCGAGGGCCCCAUGGGCUACUCGCUUUUCAAGGUCGCCCACCAGGGUGACAGCGUGGGAAACCGCUUGAAGGAGGUUCAAGAAGGUGUUAACGACUUGGCCAGUUUCGGUAAAAUGGUCGAACUGUCCAGUUUCCUGCCUUUCGAGAACAACAAGCAGGCUCUCAGUGAAAUCAACGAUGUCUCCGAGGGUGUCGCUUCGGACACUCUGAUCUCUUUCCUCGAAUUGAACUUGCCCAAGCCCAACAAGAAGAAGAAGGUUGUUCUGGGUCUGGCCGACAAGGCCUUGGCUGGAAGCAUCAAGUCUGCCUUCUCUUUCGUUGACUGCGAGACUGGAGACACCAGCGAAGUCGUCCAGGAUAUGCUUCGUGGUGUCAGACUGCACGCCACCAAGCUGCUGAAGCAGCUGCGUGAGGGUGAUAUGGACACCGCCCAGCUUGGUCUUGGUCACGCUUACUCUCGCGCCAAGGUUAAGUUCUCCGUUCAGCGCGAUGACAACCACAUCAUCCAGGCCAUUGCUAUCCUCGACCAGCUCGACAAGGCCAUCAACACUUUCUCCAUGAGGGUCAGGGAAUGGUACUCCUGGCACUUCCCCGAACUCUACAAGAUCGUCUCCGACAACCAGCGCUACGCCCAGAUUGCCUUGUUCGUCCAGGACAAGAAGAGCUUGAACGACGAGAAGUUGCACGACAUUGCUGCCCUUGUGGAGGACGAUGAGGGUGUCGCCCAGAGCAUCAUCGACGCUGCUAAGCACAGCAUGGGUCAGGAGAUUUCCGAGACCGACAUGGAGAACGUUAUCUCUUUCGCCCAGCGCGUUGUCAGCCUGUCCAAGUACCGCAAGUCUCUCCACCAGUACCUGAUUUCCAAGAUGAGCGUGGUCGCCCCCAACCUUGCUGCCCUUAUUGGUGAGAUCGUUGGUGCUCGUUUGAUCUCCCACGCCGGUAGCUUGACCAACCUGUCCAAGUACCCCGCUUCUACGGUCCAGAUUCUCGGUGCUGAGAAGGCCCUUUUCAGAGCCUUGAAGACCAAGGGUAACACCCCCAAGUACGGUCUUCUGUACCACUCCUCUUUCAUUGGAAGAGCUGGCCCCAAGAACAAGGGUCGCAUCUCGCGUUUCCUUGCCAACAAGUGCUCCAUCGCCUCCAGAAUCGACAACUUCUCCGAGGAGCCCUCCACCAAGUUCGGUGAGGCCCUUAAGAAGCAGGUCGAGGAGCGUCUGGACUUCUACGCCACUGGUGCUGCCCCUACCAAGAACGAGGUCGCCAUGAAAAACGCCAUGGAUGCUGUCCUUGCUGAUAUGGACAUUGACGGCGCUGAGAGCGAUGCCGAGAUGCAGGACGCUGAUGAGAAGGCCGAAAAGAAGGACAAGAAGGAGAAGAAGGAAAAGAAGGACAAGAAGGACAAGAAGGAAAAGAAGGAGAAGAAGGAGAAGGGCGAGAAGGGCGAGAAGGAGGAGAAGAAGAAGAAGCGCAAGUCUGACGUUGGCGAGGGCGAGUCCGAGAAGAAGAAGCGGAAGCACGACAGCGAUGCUGAGCCGUCCAAAAAGAAGAAGAAGGUUUAAAAGUACCGAGUCUUGGGACAGGAGGGCGUCAUUGUCGCGGCGUUGAUGGGUUUUCUUUAUUAUUCUUGCCAACCAUGUUCUGUUUUCUCCUUGACGACUUGAUGGGCUGGGUAUCUUGUAAAUUAUUCGAUUGAGGCCUGUGUCGUGCCAAAAUUUGUUUGUAGUUCUUGCUGCCAAUCUGAUAUGGCUUUUUGGUUCUAGACUUAUAUGAUAUGGCAAUUGGCUGUAAGCGAUAAAGUAC